AUGAUCAAGGCACUGGGCGCGUCGCUCCUCCUGCUGUUGUCGGUCGCGCAGGCGGCCGAGGUCGGCGACUGUCCCGGCUACAAGGCGUCAUCAGUCAAGAGGACGGACUCGGGGCUGACGGCUAACCUCAAGCUGGCCGGUAAAGCCUGCGAUGUCUACGGUGACGACAUUCGUGACCUCAGACUCAUCGUUGAGUACCAGACAGAUAGUCGGUUGCACGUCCUCAUCCAGGAUGCUAAAGAACAGGUCUUCCAGAUUCAGGAGGACCUGAUCCCCAGACCGCCGGCGAGCAAGAAGCCGGAUACGCACUCCAAGCUCAAGUUUGACUUGACGGAGUCGCCCUUCUCCUUCACCGUGUCGCGUCGUGAUACCAAGGAGGUGCUGUUUGACACGAGCAGCGACAAGCUGAUCUUCGAGUCGCAAUAUGUCUAUCUGAAAACCAGUCUGCCCGAGAACCCCAACCUCUACGGCCUGGGGGAACACCCAGACUCGUUCCGCCUCUUCACCGACCAGGAUUAUUCGCGCACCAUGUGGAAUCGCGAGUCUCCUUUCCUCCCCAGGAAGACCAACCUGUACGGCAGCCAGCCAAUGUACAUCGAACACCGCGAGAGCGGAACGCACGGUGUCCUGCUGCUCAACUCGAAUGGAAUGGACGUGAAGCUUGCCAAGGCCGGUAAUGGUCACUCUCUAGCUUACCACAUCAUCGGCGGUGUCCUUGACUUCUACUUCUUCGCUGGUCCUGACCCCGUAGAGGUCAGCAAGCAGCACGCACAGGCUCUCGGUCUACCGGCCAUGAUGCCCUACUGGUCUCUGGGUUACCAGCAGGCCAAGUACGGGUACUGGGAUGUCAACAUCCUGGCCGAGAUGGCUGCGAACUACAGCACUGCAAACAUUCCCCUCGAGGUCGUCUGGGCCGAUAUUGAUUACAUGCACUAUCGAAAGGACUUUACGGUCGACCCUGACAGGUUCCCCCUAUGGAAGACGCGGGAGCUCGUCGACACCCUGCACAAGCGGAAGCAAAAGUUCGUCAUGAUGCUUGAUCCUGGCAUCAGCACCGACCAGGGCUACGAUUCCUACAGUCGCGGCCAUGAGCAGGGUGCUUUCCUCAAGGCCAAGGAUGGAUCCGACUAUCGCGGUGUUCAGUGGGCUGGUGCGGUUGCCUGGCCUGAUUAUCAGUCCAAGGAGGGACUCAGCUGGUGGACAGACGAGAUCAAGAGGUUCUUCGAUGCAGGGACCGGCGUCAAUGUGGACGGAAUCUGGAACGAUAUGAACGAAGGAUCGAACUUCUGCCCCGAUACUACUUGCAACCCGGAACAACAUGCUAAAGAUACAAACACGCCUCCUGAACCAUCAAACCCGCCUCGCAACAAUACUGGUCGUCCCAUUCCUGGAUUCCCUCCUAGCUUCCAGCCUGACCCAAGCUCUACUGGAGCUAUCUUCACUGCCAGCUCUGCCAGUCCUGUCGGGCCCUACACAGGUGAAGAGCUCAGGAGAAGAAAAGAAGAGGAGGAAGGGUCGCUAGAGCUGCGACGCCAGACCAUUAGAGAAGAAGAGACCAAGGGCGACAAGAAGGGCCUGCCCGAUCGAGACCUGUUCACGCCCAAGUAUACCAUCGACAACAAGCAAGGCGCCCUCAGCGCCAGGACCAUCUGGACAAACAUCUCCAACCACGACGGCACCCACCAGUACGACACGCACAACAUGUACGGCCUCACCAUGGUCAAGGCCACGCACAAGGCCAUGCUGGCCCGCAAGCCCAACGUACGGCCCUUCGUCCUCACGCGCUCCAACUUCCUCACCACGGGCGCCUGGGCCGCCCAUUGGUUCGGCGACAACUACUCGAGCUGGGACGACUACCGCUUCAGCAUCUCCCAGAUGCUCGCGUACGCCACCGUCCACAACAUCCCAAUGGUCGGGUCCGACGUGUGCGGCUUCAACGGCGACGCCCAGGAGAACAUGUGCGCCCGCUGGGCCACCAUGGCCGCCUUCCAGCCGUUCAUGCGCAACCACGCCGACAUCUCGGCGCCCCAGCAGGAGUUCUACAAGUGGCCGACCGUGAUAUCCGCUGCCCAGAAGGCGCUGGAUGCGCGAUAUAGGCUGCUCGACUACAUCUAUUCAGCGCUGUUCCUCGCGCACAAGGAUGGGACCCCCAGCGUCAGCCCACUCUUCUACCAGUACCCUUCUGACAAGAACGUCUACUACAACCAGGAGCAGUGGUUUUUGGGAGACGCCAUCCUCGUGAGCCCCGUGAUCGAGAACGACGCGACGUCGGUGACGUACUACCUCCCCGACGACGUCUUCUACGACUUCUGGACGCUGGAGCAGGUCCGCGGAAAGGGGGCCACCGUCACCAUCGACAACGUUCCCUGGACAGACAUCCCCGUCCACUACCGCGGCGGCAAAGUCGUGCCGCUCCGCGUUGAGUCUGCCAACACGACCGCCGACCUGCGCGACAAGGACUUCCACAUUGUUGUUGCGCCCGGUCUAGACGGCAAGGCUACGGGCACGCUGUUCCUCGACGACGGGGAGAGCGUCGAGGGCGCCGUCUCGGACGUGCACUUCUUCUGGAACGGCGACAAGCUCAGGGUGAAUGGAAACUUCCACUACAGGUCCGAGCGCAAGGUGCGCGAGGUGACGAUUCUGGGGGAGAAGGGGCAGCGGACGGCAAAGGGGGAGUGGUCGCUUGAUCGGGCUUUCGAGGUAUCCAGGUUUUCGUAA